UCACAUCUUUCCACUACAUAUUAAGCAAUGCCAGCCCCGACCAGUUUAGCUGCCAACCAACGCAAUCUAAGACCAUCCAGACACUCUUGAAGAAAAAUCUGCGAAAAAAGGCAAAAACACAACCAUGGCUGCAACGGUUUCGUCUCCAUGGGGAAAGCCCGGCGCAUGGGCCCUAGACGCCGAGGAGCACGAGGCCGAACUCCUCAAAGAACAGCAAGACACCGCCGCUCUUCCCGGAGAUUUUCCUUCUCUUUCCGCGGCCGCCGCCAGCAAACCUAAAAAGAAGAACAAGGGCCAAACCCUUUCCCUUGGCGAGUUCACCACAUACGGCUCUUCUAAGCCCUCGUCACAGCCGGACCGUCUCACUCAUGACGAGCUCCUCUCCCUCCCCACCGGCCCACGCCAACGCUCCGCUGAGGAGCUCGACCGCUCGCGCCUAGGCGGUGGCUUUAAGUCCUACGGUCGUUAUAACGAAGAUUCGCCGAAUCCUAGGUGGGGAUCCUCUUCUAGGGUUUCUGAUGAAGGGAGGAGGCAGGGCGGUUUCAAUAGGGAUGCACCCAGGGAAUCUGGUCCCUCUCGUGCUGACGAGAUUGAUAACUGGGCCGCCGGGAAGAAAUCGACGGUGGGAAGUAGCUUUGAGAGGAGAGAGAGAGGUGGAUUCUUCGAAUCGCAAUCAAAAGCCGAUGAAGCCCAGACUUGGGUCAGCAAUAAGGCGCCGGAACCGCGUAGAUUUGGCGGUGGAUUUGAGAGGCGAGGCAGUUUCGACUCCCUAUCAAGGAACAGGGAGAUGCCCAACGGUGGCGGUUCGGAUUCUGAUAACUGGGGAAGGAAGAGGGAAGAGAGUAGCGGGGGUGGUGGAGGCGGGAGGCCUAAGCUUGUAUUGCAGCCGCGCACCUUGCCCGUGAGCAAUGGGAAGCAUGAGUCACCUGCGGCAGCAGCGAAACCCAGGGGUAUGAACCCAUUUGGGGAUGCUAGGCCGAGGGAGGAGGUUUUAGCAGAGAAAGGAAAGGACUGGAAGGAGAUCGAUGAGAAACUCGCGGCCGUCAAGAUUAAGGAUAGUGGGUCGGAGAAGGGAGAUGGAGCGUUCGGGAAGAGGAGCUUCGGUAUGGGUAGUGGUCGGCAAGAUGACCGCGUAGAGAGGAGCUGGAGGAAGAAUGAUUCUGAUACAGAUGCUCAUCCAGAGAGAAAAAACUGAGAACGGACAUGUUGAAGAAACAAAGGAAGACGACAAACAGAACUAAAGAUACAACCCCGAGUACUUGGAAUCGGGCUUGAUCAGAAAGAACGAGGCUAGGGAUCGUGGGGUCAAUCAAAAAGAAAGAAAAAGAGAACAUUGAAGUUAUUAAAUUGAAAUUAGAAGCUUAUUUGUUGGAUUGAUGAGACUUUUAUUUAUAUUAUUGGUUUGACUGUUCUAUUGUGGCAUCCAUGUUAGACAAAUUUUGGUAGGUGUUGGAAAUUGUUACACUAGUUCUUUUGUUUGUAGUGGGUUGCAUACUUACAUUCUCAGAUUUUUCUUUUUUUUUUCUCUUUUCCCCCCAACCUGUUGAUCAUUGUUUUCAUCCAUCCAAUUUCUUUUUUUUUUUUUUUUCUUUCUGUCUUGGGUUAUAGCUUGAGAGUCCGGAUUUUUAUUGUUUUGACUUUUUGAGUUAGUGAGAGAAUUAAUUAUUCAUGAA